AUGCGUUUGAUCAAUGUGAACACACUUCUACUGGAGGAGUUUAUGGGUGGGUGCCCCCAGUACACAACCCUAUCUCACACUUGGAAUGGCACGCAUGAGAUAAGUUUCAAGGAAUGGCAGGUAAAAGAUGUCGCGAGAUCAAAAGAGGAGGGGUACGCCAAAAUCCUCGGGGCUUGCCGGUUAACACGCGAAUUCGGCCUCGAGUAUCUGUGGGUUGAUACGAAUUGUAUCGACAAGGAAAGCUCCGCCGAGCUCUUAGAGGCAAUCAACUCGAUGUUCAACUGGUACCAGGAAUCGGCUGUUUGCUUCGCUUAUCUCGAAGACCUCGACUUUGAGGCUACCACUUUGCCAGAAAGCUCAGGCGAUGUUGUCGUUUGUCGAACCAAGUCUGUUCGUUUCAAGACUCAGGGCCAACAACAACGUUGUCGCCUAGAACUCGCUCGUAGUCGUUGGUUCACUCGCGGCUGGACAUUGCAAGAACUCUUGGCUCCAAGGCGUAUGUAUUUCCUUGACAAAAAUUGGAGGAUCCUGGGAUCACGGCAUGACUUUGCGUCUGAAAUUUCGAACAUCACCGGGAUACGAAACGAGUACAUCUCUGGUGCCAAGUCGGUGCUGGAGGCGAGCAUCUCGGAGAUGUUUUCCUGGUUGGCAGGCCGGGAGACGACACGUCCCGAAGACAUGGCGUACUGCGUGUUAGGACUCCUCGGUCUCAACAUGCCGUUGCUCUAUGGCGAGCGCUCGGCGGCGUUUAUGCGCCUCCAGGAAGAGUUGAUCCGUAUCUCGGACGACCAGACAAUCUUCUGUUGGACGUGGGAUCAUACUAUCCCGCACGACUGGAGUAGUCUACUCGCACCAUCGCCGGCAGUCUUCAAGGGCGGCGACCGUUUCUUCUGCGGAUCGAAGACUGACGAGUCUAUUGUCGGAUGGAGCAUGGCCACAUCGUACUCGAUGACAAACGUAGGUCUGCGUAUCCGCCUGCCCACGCUCAAGAUGUCCGGUCUAGAUCUUGCUGUGCUGAACGUAUCCGAAAGGAGAAGCGAAGCAGGAGAAGAAGAAGACCCCAGCACGGGACGUGUUUGCAUCCCUCUUUUGACGAGCAAUUACGUCGGAACUUCGGAUGGCGUCUCGUCGCUAAUUGACGGUUCUGCUAUUGGCGCGCAACGAUGGCCGGAAAACCUGGGUACCGAGCAUCGCAGAUGA